AUGGGCCAAGUCUUAGACAGGUUUCAGGAUAAGCAGUGGAGGCAAAGCAAAAUAAGGAAGAUAACUGAUAAAGCUUUUGAAAGUCUGAAGAAGGAAGACGAAACUGCUCAUUUGACAUUUGAAGAUCUGUAUAUUGCUGUUUUACUUGUUUACAAUGAUCUUAAUAAGCAUCUGCCUGGUCCUCAUUUUGACCCUCCAUCAAAAGAUAGAGUCAAACAAGUCAUGAAGGAAUGUGAUGUGAAUCCAGAUGGGAAAAUUGACCGUGAUGAGUUUUAUGAAUUCAUUAAGAGGAUGACAGAGGAUACAUUCACAAGGAUAAGUCAAGGGCUGAUUGUGACUCUGGUGGUGGCACCAAUGGUUGCAUUGGCAACAAUGAGAGCUAUUGAAGGCCUCCCAGGUUCUAUUGGCAAGAUUGCAAAAAAGAUUCCCAAAUCACUCUAUGUAUCACUUGUCACUCUUGCAAUUGUGGCACUCCGUAAUUGGUUGCAAAGGAUCUCUUAUAACAACUAAACUUCCCUACAACUUAUUCAAUAAAACUUUCAACUCUGUUUCUUCUUAUACUCAUGUUAAGCCUUCCUUAGGACUUCAGAGCCAGGCUUUAUGUUCUCAUGAAGUGAAGUUUACGACUUCCCGUUGACAAAAUGAAGGGCUUUUGUGUUGCUUUAA